CCAAAUUGGCGGUGUUGUGCCUUCACAGUUCACUGUCCCUUUUCAAAGAAUCCUCUCGAAAAUCAUGCCACGGCUGCGUAUCCCGCAGAUCCUCUUUUGGUGCUGGGUUACCUACUGUCAAGCAUGGCCGCUCGUACAUGGCCAGGCAGCCCGGGUCCACCGCUGGCGAGUGGUGCCUCCCUCGUCAGACCUACCAACAGGAGGGCGCUGCGAUGUUGGAAUGCUGCAGGAUAUUGAUGAGACCGGCAACAAGGACCUGUACUUAGUCGGCGGAGGAGAUGCGACUGUUGCGGAUGGCCUCAACAGUGCCGCGGUUUCGGAUGUCUGGCUGUACAAGCCCUCGACCAACGUAUGGAUGAAACAGAUAAAUUCGUCAGUCUUGCUACGCUACCCGGCGUCGGCAAAGCUUGGUCGGACGAUCUACUCCUGGGGAGGGUACUUGGGCGACAUAUACACAGUGAAUCUGGUCAACGCCCUGAAUCUCGACACCAUGACGUUCCGCCCAACCGUGUCGCUCUCCAGCAUUCCCAAGAUGGCUUUCUCCCGCGGAGUGGGGAUAGAGCCUUCGACCAUGCUCAUAUUUGGAGGGGGCGCCCCCUCGAGCCCAGUAUGGAAGUACAACUCCAAGAUCUAUAGCAUCAACGUAAAUGAUUCCACCAGCAAUGUCGGCGUUUCUGCAACAGCAAUCGACGCAGGCCUACCAGCAGCAUCGCAUCCCGCGGUGCUUCGCCUCGACAACUACAUCAAUGGCAAACCAGGGAUCCUGUUUCUUGGUGCCCGCAAGACGGCAUCAGCGCUGGGGCUUGACAGCUACGACAACACUGCGUACAUCAUUGAUCCGAAUGACAGUUUCAAACUGUACAAAUUGAACCUCACGCCGGAGUCUGCGCUGCCUACUGGGGAGACACAGUCGAUUCUGCUGAUUGAGGAUCCUAAGCUAGGCCGCGUGGUAUACGUCGUUGGAAACUACCUUCUUUGGAGAUUGGGCGCCUACUACAACGGUGUACCCUCCCGGCUCAUCCUCCCACCCUUUGAAGACAUCGCGGCAGGGACACCGGUGACCUGGGAACUUCUGCAGACCAAAAAUCCGUCAUUCAUACAACGCAUGGCAGCGCCUGUAUUGUUUGAGGCGCCGGGACAUCGCUUGAGAGUGUAUGGGGGAUGCGGGGAUACUUUGCCGCCGAUUACGCAGACUAUGGUGGAUUUAAUGAUUGAUGACGAAGGCGGCAACGCCACCACGAGCCGCAUCCUUCCACCCAAUCCCGGCCCCUACACCGCCGGUUCAACCGUCACUUUCCAGCUCGAACUCCGCGACGAAGACUCCCAACCCCUCCUCUACGGCGGCGACAAGAUCAGCGCAACGCACUUCAACACCUUCACCUCAGUCCUCGGCUUCGCGAGCGUCCAAGACCAUACCAACGGGACCUACACCGUGUCGUUCCCUGUAGAGCAAUCCGGGAACUACACUGUCAGCCUCGUUCUAAACGGCCACGCCUUUGAUAUCCCCGCGCUCCGCAAGCCCAUCAUCGCCAUCUCCGCGGAGGCGCACGCUAGCACGUCCUCCUUGCAAUUCGCCGACAGCAGCGGGAGCGCUUCAAGCGGAUCAAGCGGGACAUCCACCGGCUCUGACGACCAAAGCGUGGCUAUGUCAGUCGAGAACCUCUCAAAUGCGAAGUUCGGCAUCAGUCUCACUGACGCCUUCCUCAACCAUCUCACCGCCGCACAGGCAGCCGCCGCCCUCAGCUCCCUCUCCGUUGUCAUCCGCUACGUCAGCGGACCGUCGGCGGGAACGACGCUCGCGCCUGAUACCCCGACCAUCAGCAACAGCUCCAUCUUCGUGGCGUUCACACCCACCGCCGUGGGGAAGCUGAGCGUGGAUGUGGCGCUUGGCGGGGACCCGUUAUCCGGAUCCCCGUUUGCGAUUGUUGUUACCCCGGACCCUGUCACGGCGCUAGGGGAGCCUGUGAGUCUGGCGGUUGGGUCGAAGACUGGGAUUGCGUUUGUGGUGCUUACGGUGUUGGGACUGCUUGUAGCCGUUGUAUUUAUGGGGUUCAUUUGGGUGCAUCGGGAGAACAAGAUCAUCAAAGCCAUCUCGCCAGUGCUUUGCAUGUGCUGCCUCUUAGGCACUCUGUUACUGUACACCUCCAAUAUGUGGCUUUUUGGGAAACCUUCCAACGCAACGUGUGUCGUGCAACCCUUUUGGCUCUCCAUCGGCUACUCAUUCCUCAUCACGCCUCUCCUCGCCAAGCUUUACCGUCUCUUCGUCAUCUUCGCCGGCACCGAACGCACGACAGCUGUAAAAACCAACCAACUCACCGGCUUUGCCUUGAUCCCCUCUCUCAACAUCCUCAUCUGCAUCAUCUGGUCCGCAAUCGACGCGCCAAAACCGGGCAUCACAAACCUCACCAGCGCGCGGCUCUGGGAAUGCCACUCGGACGAUUCCACAGUCGGCACAGCUGCCCUCUGGUCGCUCAUAGGCUUCAACGCCCUCUGCACCGUCGCCGGCGCAUUUCUGGCUUACCUCACCCGCAACGUUUACUCCCGCUUCGACGAGUCCAAGGCCGUCGGACUCACCGUGUACACCACCACCGUCGUCGGCGGGAUGCUGCUCGCCGUCCUGUACCUCGUCCCGGACGUGGCCGAGGUACAAUUGUGGUUACGGUUCCUAGCCGUGUGGCUGCCCACCACCCUCGCGACGUUCAUCCUCUUCGCCGGUCGACUGUGGAGCGUGCUGACCACCCACGCCACACGCCAGCAGCGCAUCGCGAAUCCUUUGUCGUCGCACACUAAAAGUGGGACCUCGCCGGUGAAGGGGGGAAGACGCGCGUCGAGGAAGGGGAGUGGGGGCGGCGCCGCGACGAUUAUGGAUAGUAGAGGUUUGACUGACUCGGAGGCGACGUCGCAGCUCAGGAGGGCCUCCAAAGGUGCCAAACGACGGAAGAAUAUUGGCGCGAUGGAUGCGGCGUUUGGGAGUAUGCAGAUUGUGUGGCGACGGAUUGGAUGGUUCCGUGUUUGGCAGACUGGCACGCUGUACUGGUGUCCCCAGCACAACAUUGGCAUCAUCAGCAUCGAAGGAGGAAAGUGGAACUCUGGCCAACGACUGCCCCGCACCGGCACGCUCUCCACCUAUCUCGUCAACCCCGCAUCCGGUAAAACCAGCGACAGCGAUACGGGCUCAACAGUAACAGCGAUCCGCAUCAAGUCCAACGACACCGUGAUCAAGCACGACUUUGAGCUACUCUUCGAAUCCGAUACAAUCGCCAACGAGGUUCUUGUAGCGUUGACGCCGUUGUAUGACGGACAUACUGGUUUCUCAAAGUCAGUGGAGGAAAUGUAUCCAUCUGCGAGGAAUUUGGGUCCUGCAGACCUGCCUGAACCCAUCGCGGAGGAGGACGUAUCGCAAGUAUAGGAAGUGGGGGUCGUCUGCAAACACAUAGCGGGCCUGUCGCGGAGUUUGAGAGCCGCGCUGUCGUAUUGGAAAAGUAACGCUAAUUGAAAAAAAAA